AUGUCUUUAGAAACGACGAAUACAGAUAGUGAUGGUUAUCAACAACAGUAUGAAGAAAGUCAAUCAACUAACGAUAAUAAACAAAAUGAAUUGACACGUUUAGAAGCAGAUGCAGAAAUGCCAUUAGAUGAAUUGCUCAAGUUAUACAAAAACGAUGAAUCAGUUAAUGAUAAUGAUACUUCUCAAGAAGACGAAGAAUCAUACAGUUCAUCAGAAGUUGAAGACGACGAAGAUGACAGCAAUGAAAACGAACGAAAACUUGGUCUGUUCCAUGUCAAUGGCGAUUUAUUGCCUGAUUGCGAUGACACAGAAGAUAGUUUAUACGAACCUGAUUUCGUUCGAGUAAUCAAUAUCGGAGAAGAAUACCAAGCACAUAUCGAAGCAACAGUUGAAUGUAGUUCACCUGAUGACUACGCCGAUAAUCGUGAAAUACCAGACGAUGAAUUGCUUUGGUCAUCUUCAUUAGCAAGUGACACUGACGAUGAAAUUAUCGAUAAAUAUCUCAAAAUCACAAAUACUGAAUAUCCAUCAUCGGACGACGAAAUAUCGCUUCAGACAUUUUUGAAGUGUCAAUUCGACACUGAUUCAGCAUUAACUAAAUUUCGUCAAUUACCAAUGAAAAAUAUCUACUCUUACCGUGCAUGGUCAUUAAAUGAAAUACAGCAAUUCGAAGAAGGUUUACGUGAAUACGGCAAAGAUUUCAAGAAAAUUUCUGUCUCAAAAUGCUCAACUCGAUUCAUUCCCGAAAUAGUUUAUUUUUAUUAUCAAUGGAAGAAGAGCAAACACUAUGAAUUGUUCAUCGAAGAGCAACGACAUUUGAAUCCACUGACUUCCGUCAGUCAUAUUAUUGGGAAAUUCAUUGAAGAACAAGAACAUCAAUUGUGCUCUGUAGGCGGUGCAGUUGAUUCUUCGGAUUCCUCUUCGUUCCUCUCGAAUGAUUAUAAAAUCCAUGCAUCAAUACCAGCCGAUUCAUCGAUCUCAUUUGUAACCAUUCAUCAACACGAAACUAUCAGUUCCACAGCAAAACGAACGUUCGAUCAAGUGGACAAUGACGUUAACGAAGUCUCAGCAAAAAAACCGUCGUUUAUUUCAAAGUCAACCAUGGAGACAACGCCGACAAUAGUAUAG